AUGUGUCGGUGAGUCUGUUGUCCCUGCUGGUCACCACCUGUGGUCUGGCGCUCUUCAGCGUCUCCCUCUUCGUGUCAUGGAAGCUGUGCUGGGUGCCGCUGAGCGGCCGCUUCCUCCCGGAUGUCCUGAAGGGGGCGCACUUCCUGGUAGGAGACCAACAACCUGUCCUCACCGAGGUGGAUGGGGAGGAAAGGGAGUACAGUGAGGAUGGCUGUGCAAAGGAGCCCCCGGGCCCCCUGUCGGCUGUGGCUGUUCCAGAAUCAGCCCUAAAGAUAAGCCACACAUCGCCCGACAUCCCACUGGAGACGCAGACUAAGUUGGAGAAAAACCAGGUCCACACUCUAGCCAGGGACCGGGUUCAGAGGCAGAUUACUGAGCCGACAUCAUCUGUACGGCACAACUCCAUUCGCCGUCAGAUGAAUCUGUCCAAUCCUGACUUCAACCCCGCUCAGUUCCAGCGCCAGGACUCCCUGUCAGGUUUGGGCCGGAUCAAGCCCGAGCUGUACAAGCAGCGGUCCGUGGACGCAGAAGACGGCCGUCGGACCAACAGCUGCGGCCGCCUUUACUUCAUCCUGAAAUUUGACUUCGAUCUGGAGCAGCUGAUCGUGAAGAUCCACAAGGCCCAGGACCUGCCCGCCAAGGACUUCUCAGGGACCUCCGACCCUUACGUCAAGAUCUACCUGCUGCCCGACCGCAAGAACAAGCACCAGACCAAGGUGCACCGCAAAACUCUCAACCCGGUGUUUGACGAGGUGUUUCUUUUCCCCGUGGCGUACUCGGAGCUGUCGAACCGUAAACUGCACUUCAGCGUCUACGACUUUGACAGGUUCUCUCGCCAUGAUUUGAUAGGCCAAGUGGUGGUGGACAACUUCCUGGAUUUGGCAGACUUUCCGCGGGAGACGAAGCUGUGCCGGGACAUACAGUAUGUGACUUCGGACAACGUGGAUCUCGGAGAGCUCAUGUUCUCGUUGUGUUAUCUCCCCACCGCUGGCAGACUUACAAUCACCAUAAUUAAAGCAAGAAAUCUGAAAGCCAUGGACAUCACCGGAGCCUCAGAUCCAUACGUGAAAGUGUCCCUUAUGUGUGAAGGAAGGAGGUUGAAGAAAAGAAAGACUUCAACCAAGCGAAACACCCUGAACCCGGUGUACAAUGAAGCCAUCGUGUUUGAUGUUCCUCCUGAGAACAUCGAUCAGAUCAGCCUGCUCAUAGCCGUCAUGGAUUACGAUCGGGUCGGACACAAUGAGGUGAUAGGUGUCUGCCGGGUUGGCAACGAGGCCGAAAGUUUGGGGCGGGACCACUGGAACGAGAUGCUGUCGUACCCCCGGAAACCCAUCGCUCACUGGCACCCACUCGUAGAGUGGCUCGGACAGGGAGCGACAGUGACGGGAAGCCAAGGAGGAUCCACCAACUCCCUGAAGGCACCUUCAUCACCAUGAUCACAAUCACGCAGACACAGAUCAGAGGCCUCAGGGUGGUGAAAUGUUGGUCCGUGUGGAUAGUAAAUCAUUUAAAGGUGUGACUAACCAGUGAUAAGUAGCUAUAGGUAUUAACUAAAACUGACUUGUCAUUAGAUUAAAGUAAGUUUUAACAAGUCGAGACUCCUGAGAAGGCGAAUCCCCACUUUUCUAUGUCCGUUUGUGUCUUCACAACUAAAAUCUAAGUAACAUUCCAACUGAACCACCACAAUGGUCUUAUUUGUCAUAUCAUUCUGUUAUUGACUGUAUUAACAAAAUGAAAUUAUCUUACUUAUUUAUGUUGUUUUUUUCUUUUCUUUUUUUGUUUUUCUUUGUACUUUUGUGACUUGCUCUUUGUGGACCAAAAUGACUUCUUUUUAGGUAAAAGUGUAGAGCUUCAACUGUUAUUUUGUGUGACUGGUUUGUUUUUUAAUGGCCAAGUGUUAAAAUAACAUUUUAAAAUUUUAAAUAAUAAAAAAAGAGCCAGGAAACAAAUAUAGAAGUAAGAACGUGUUGUUCGGAUCAAUAAAGUUCAAAUCUUAGUACGUUUGUUAAACUGCUGUGAGGAGUACUUAUACUGUACACAGCAUAUCGUAGAGGUAAACAGACAAGUAAACUACCUUGGUUGGUAGUAAUACAAAACACAGCCCAGUACGUAUACCGUACAUAGCAGGUAUAUACUAUGAACGUGCUGAAUACUUACAGGGUAUGAAUCUGGUAUUUGACAAGUACCAAAUGCUUCUCACUUAAUAUGUACUGGGUACUUACAAAGUAUGGACCCAUUAAUUACAUGGUACGUACAGGUUACAUACCAGGUUCUUACAGAGUACAUACCUGAUACUUACAAGGUAUAAACUGGGUAUAUACCUGGCAUGUACUUGGUGUUUACAACGUAUGUAUUGCAUAAGAAUGCUCCUGGUAAGUCCUGUGUAUUUACAGAGGACAUUACUAUUACAAACAUAAAAAAUCUAUACCUGGUAGUUGACAAACAAAUACCUGGUAUGGUAUUUCCGUACUUUGCAUUAUUGUGGUAAUUGCCUGAUAGGCACAGAGUAACUUGGUACUUCAUAAUACAUAAUUUUGGAUCCUCGUAGGUAUCAGGUAUCUACCAGGCACCAGGUAGGCGUCGAAGUUACAUACUUUGUAAGUACUACAUAUGUAUCCCUGUAAGUACAACAUACAACCUGGUAAAUAAAUACCCUGAAAGUACUGGUCUGUACUGAGCAUUGCUACCAUUGGUUUGACCUCAGAGGAGAACUUUCUGCUGAACGUUUGAUGUGAUGAAGAUUUGCAGGACUGUGUGAAACAGCUGACAGAUUAUUCUUUUAUUAAGUGCAUGUUAACUUGUCAUACUUUGUUUACAGGCUCUGGUUCAAAUAAAGUAAAUACAAACAUAAA